AUGUCAUUGGAUAAUUAUCAUAUCUCAUUUAUGAAGGUGAGUUCAACAUUUUUCUCAAUUUUUGUCGUAUUUUUAUUUUCUUGCCGCGACUUCACUUGAAUGUUAUUUCUUAAGUUAAGAUAUCUGAGCAGUUCUCUCUUUUUCAACUCAAUCCAUAUUUCCUAGUUCACAUAUUUUUUGAACUUUAAAAUAUUCUGCAUCCAUCCAGUUAAUUCUCUGAUUCUCGCUCCUUGUUUCUUAUAAAAGAAAGAUUAGUCCAAUUUUUCUGUCUGCCAUUCCAUUCCAUUUUUUCCGAUCGCUCCGAACUUUGCACUUUUGAUACAAAAGACCUUUUUUCUCUUUUCAUAUUAGUCAUCGGUCUCCUAGUUUUUCACCUGAUAUGAAAUUUAUAAAUAAAAAAUGAUACUAUUUUCGAAGAGUGAAAUUGGAUAUUUGAAACUGUUUAUGUUGUCUUCAGGCUAUUUUUGAUUUUUUCACGGUCUUUUUUUGAAACCCAUGUGAUCAAAAUUUUGUUUGAGAGAACAAUCGAUUGUUUGAGGUGUUGUUAUCAAAUAAAAAAAAGUUUUUUGAUUUUUUUCUGUUUUCUCUCUUUGUUAUCAUCAAACACACCUUGAGCCUAUUUGAAACUUUUCUGCCGUUUUCAGUUGUUUGCUUACUGUUGCUCUCUGUCAAGUAGUCGAUGAAAGUUUGACGUAAUUUCUUUAUUUUUCGAGGUUUUUUUUUGAAAAAGAGGACUAGAAAAUAAGAAGAGCAGUUGUUGUUUGGAAAAACAUGUGAUUGAUUGAAAUUGCAUUGUUUUUUCUUUGUUUUCAACUAUUUUAGGAUUCUGUGCUUUUUCACGAAAUAUUCAAUAUUUUCUCGAAAUCCGAAAUUUCCAUCUGCGAAUCAUUGAAAGCGUGCUGAAAAAUAAAUAUUAUCAAUCAAUCACAGUACAUUCUUGUAUUUUACAAGAUCAACAAGAAUCUGUGAAGUUUUUUUUGUUCUCCUUAAGAGAACAAAUCAUUAUUCCACGUGAAAACGUGGGAUCAAAAGCACAUUAUUUUUCAUUGACUAGCCGUUGUUGAGAUUAUGGAUAAAGAGCUUAAUUUUGAAAAAUUUGGGUCAAAGUUCAGUUUCGAUUUGAUUUUCUCAUGUUACUAGUGUUAUUUUUCUCAAACGGUUGUUUUUAUCAGUUUAUGACUCGUUGAAAGUUUCUGAACCAAUCGAAUAUUCGGGAGUUUUCCCGAUUAUGGAUCAAUACAAAAAGCAACUCGGUUUAUUUAACGAGCUAGGCGGUUUCGUCGAAAUUGCCUGAACUGAGAUCAAGAGAAUACAGUAAAACGUUUCAGAACUUUUUGAAUGAGAUUUGACUGCUAGAUUCGGACUAUUUGAAAAAAUAACACUAUUCUGAACGCAGGAAGUACUUUGUUCAAGUUUUUUUCUUCAGUCUUUUGAAUAAUGAAAGUUAUGCCUUCUCUUUCAGUUUGCCCUUUUACAGUCAUAGUUAACAAGCGCGCGCAUUGUCUAUUUCUCGCAUUUUCCCUCAAUCUCUCGCCACCUCGAUCAAUGUCGCCGCCAUUGAAUUUUGCCAUCAGGUGAAAAUAUACCGGUUUUUGGUAGGUGUAUUGAACGGAGAAGAGAGGCAAAAAAAGAAACAGUGUUGCGCAAUGUCUGAUAUUAUCUCUUUCUCUCGCGCUUCGAUGCAAUCGAAUUGAAUAGUGAAAGUUUUGACGAUGAUGGAAAUGAAAGUGAAAAGUUGAUGUUAGCACGCGCAAUGCAAAAAUCAGCUGAAGAGUGGUCGAGAAUGCGCGAAAAAAGAAAUGAAAUUGAAGAAUGAUUAGGAAUUGUUCAAUGAAAAUGGGGAUUUUGGAAUCGGCAUCAAACUUAGACUUUUGAAAGUUAUCAAUGGUUAGAUGAACUUGAAAGCUGAAGUUCCUAAGUUCUGAAAAUAGGUUCAUAAAGGCCUUUUUUCACCAUAAGCUCAGCAUUUUUAUUCAAAUGAUCUGCUCAAGUCGAGUUAAGCCUGUUUUUUUUAAAGAAUCUUUGCUUGCCAGUCUGUGUAUUUUUAUGUUCUACAUAUAUAUCUUGAGUGGCUUCCAGUAGUUUUUCAUUCCACUCUAUGGUUAUUAUUAAUUACAAGUUCAUUUCUUUUCGCCCUUUGACCUCUGAUUUUUCACUCGAUAAAAUUUUGACUCUUUUGAGAGUAGUAACCAGGAAAAACAACAUAUUUUUGUGUUGUCAAUCGACCGCACAAUAAAUACAACACAAAUAUUUUGACAUGGCCAAUGAGAUUGCCAUGUAAUAAUGUUUUUGUUCCUUUGAAGAAUCCUGUUUUUUUAGUUGCCCCCUGACAUUCGAACAAACAUAAACACACAAAAAUCAAAAUAAAAAAAUGGCUGAAAUUAAAGAGGUGUCAAAAUAAACAAAAACAACAUCACAAAUAUUUUUGUUGAAUUGAGAUCGAAAGCAAAACAAGCAAUAAAUAUACAACAAAAAAAAUAGAAAAAAUACUUAUUAGUAGAGGAAAUUUGAGAGUUUUGGCUUUUUUCGACAUGGAGGUCUUUAGAAAGUCUCAAUUUCAACAUUUUUUGGAGAUGUAAUAGUUUAGUGAGCGCACGGCAACAAAAUAUAUUCGUAUUUGUUCUUCUUUUGUUUUGUUUGAUUAGUUGUGCCAUCACUUGAAUUAUUUCCUGAACUGUGCUUUGCUCGUCAAAAAAUCAACAUCAAUUUUGAAAAAUUAUCAAGAUUUUUUCUUUUUAGUUUGAGCUUUUUUGAAAACAUUUACAAUUGAUUUUCUGGCUGAAACGCAUGCAUCCUAAUCUAAAUAUUAAUUCUCAUUCACAUUACAUACCCCAAACGAAAAAAAUUAUCUGAUCUGUAGCUGUUAGGUCUCUGAAACAAAAUUUUAAAUUGAACGGCUCAGAAUCAUAGCCUGUUCCACGAUUUUUUGAAUGUAUAAAAUAGAGAAUCAAAUAUUAGGCCAAGUUCAUCUUUCAUUUUUCACCCAAUCUGUUUUCCCAUUAGAUUUUAUGAGCUUUAAACUAUUUUCGUUUUCUUGCCAAUCCGAUUAUUUCUUUUUUCUUUUUGCUCCUCAUUUGCAUAUAUCGCUUACAGAAAUUUGAUAUUUUUCAACUAAAAAGUCGAAAGAGUGUUUUUGGGAGGAGAGCUAAGUAGGGCCUUUUAGGGGUGUUUCCAUAAUCCAUCGUGGGAUUCAAGUUUUUAGGCACCCACCACGCAAAAAUGUGUUGUUUUAUUUUACGUUUUGUUUUUUCUCUAUUUGCCAAAAGGAACCAGCUGAUAGUAAUAAUAAAUUUGGUAAACAGAAGAAAACAGAGUUAUCAGAUGAUUUUUUAUUUUAUUUCUCAUUUUUUUCACUCUCAGUCAGUUGAAAAGAAUGUUUUGUUCUGUUAUAAAAAUGUAUAUUAUAUGUCAGCUGUUUUGCAAAAAGUUCGGAACACUUUUUCUUCCUCAUUUUAUUUAUAAAAAUUGUGUUUAUAUUAGUUGUGAGGUUUUUUAGAGGAUUCAUUCUAUUUAAGAAGGGAUUAUAAUAUUUUUAGAAAUAAUUUUGAGUGCAGUGACCCUAAAGUUCAGAAUUCUAUUUUUUUCAUUUAGCCGGGGGAUUUUUUUAUUGCGAGUGAAUGAAAAUUUAGAAGACAAGUUGAGGAGGGUCCAGGAUAGUCCGAUUUUCAAAAUGUCCGAAUCGAAUCACUUCAGAAAAAAAUCAUUUCGGAAAGCCUCUCGUUUUUUUUAAACUUUUUUUCCAGUAUUUUUGCACGCUUGUUCGAAGAACUCUGAACUUUUCUACAAAGAAUCUCAUACACAUAUCCUUUGGAAGUUUUUGAUCUGUCUAUGAUCAUCUGCGUUUUCUCUGUUUCUCUUAACAUUUCCAUUAUUCUUGAGUGAUAAAUGUCUCAAGUUGAAAAAUAGUUUCAUUUUCUCAGUGUGUGUGUGUAAAAAAUGAUCAAAAGUGCACUUUCUUCUUCUUCUUUUUCGUUUUCUUUCUCUUUUUCCUUGCGUAGUCGUAAAACACUACUUGGUUCUUUGUUUCGUCUCAGCUGGCGUUGAUUAUUGAGGGGGUGUUUCGAAGAAGUCAAAAAGGGUUCAAGUCAGCUGGAUCAAUUUGUUCGAUAAUCCAGGCGGAUUGAUACAAAACUCUGUGCAUUUUUCAGUUUUUUUUAAUUUGGAAGGAAUUUGUUCCGAUGAUCGCAAAAUUUACAAAAAACGGUUUUCUUAAACCCGCAGAAAAAAUUAUGAAAAUUUUCUAACAGCAAAAUAUUGAUGAGAAAUUUAUUUAUAGGAUCGGAAUAAACUUGUGAGGGGCGGGACCCCUCUUCAUGUAUUUCUAGUGAAUAGAAUACAAUCAUAAUUUUGUGAUGCUAGGUCAUAACCUUCUCAUACCGAAUUGGUUUUUUUUUACUUUUCUACCCUUGACUUGAUCAAUUCCGGUUUUAUUAUUUUUUGCAACUUUCCUAUCGAUAUGUUUAUUCUUUUAGUAAAAUCUAUUAAUAUUCAGCCGUUUUUUACAGUUUUCUUGUAACAGAAAAUAAAUCUCGAGAAACAAUUUCAAAGGCGCACAAAUUUUUAUCAAGGGGUCUUGUGGCGACUGGUGCAUGAUACCGUACUGUGGGGUUCGAAUAACGGGAUUUUGAUGUUUCUUUCCCUAUAUUUUUAUUCCAUUUCUCGAUAGUUUUAUAUAAAAAAUGCAACAAAUCACUGAUUUUUCUCGGAUAUCUCGAAACCAAUUAUUUUUUUUCCUGCUUCUCCUCACAUUAAUUUUGUUCGAGUCAGCUGGUUUCAUUUUCGUUUUCCCCGUUUUUUUAUUCCGUACUUUUUUCUCGAGAUAACGCAUUUUUAUCAGUUUUUAAUUUUUGGAAUAACGGGUUUUUUGGUCUGUACUUUUUAUCGUUUAGUUUUCGAGAUUUUUUUGCAUUCAUUUUGAUUUUCAAAGUGCAUUUGAAUAUUGUGAAAAAAUCUCACGUUAAUAUUUUGAAAGAAAGUGAAAUUUUGUUUUUGCUAAAAAAAAAGUACAUUUAAUUUUUAUAUAAAAUUCUCACGAACAUUAUGAGGAUUCAACAACAAUUUUUAGUUAUUUUCUCAAUUUUGAAAAAUAUAUGUGUGUUUUUUUGUUCAGUUUAUUUUAAAUUUGUAUCAUUUUUUGCAGAGUUUAUACAGUGGCGAUACAAAUUCGACAAAUUCCGAUCUCAACUCACUUUUAUUUGAUACACCAAGUUUGACUGAUCGAUUAACUGGACAAUCUUUGCAACAACAACAAACACAACAUAGUUUAGAAAGGUUUGUUAUUUUUUGAAUUUUGAAUUUUUUGAUUCCUGAAAUAUAAAAUUAGAAAGAGGAGGAAAUUGUUAAUCCGAUUUAUCUGGAAUACGCAGGAAUUAUCAUAUUUAUUUUCAUGAAUGAAUUAGUCAGUGUGUUUACUACGAAUAUCUUCUUCUUCCUCUCAUUUUUUGAAGGAACCACAAAAAUGUUAAAAAUACAUCUUCACUGUGUAUUUUUCUAUCUAAAUAUAUCAAUAGUUUAAGAUCUGACAUCUGUUUAGUUCGUUUUUUUUGGUUCCAUCAGUAGAAAAAUCAAAAAUCAAAAAAUAUAUAAUAUUCAGUCAUUGUUGGAAAGACAAAAAAGUUUUAGCGACAAAUGUUAUCCUCUCAUUUUUUUUGCCAAAUGUUACAUGCCUCAAAUAUUUUUCUCGUUCUUGUUCCCAGUUUCUGUUAUCUUCAAGGUUCCACUCAAUAUAUUAUAUGAUAUUGUUUCAGAAUGUCAGUACCAAGACCAACUUCAUUUAGCACAUUAUUUGGUGGAGGAGGAAUAUCAGCAACAUCUGCAACAAGUCCAUUAUCUGGAGGAAUUGAUGAAUUCUCGAUUAAUCCACUUGGAGCACCAGGAACACCUAUUGGUUAGUUUUUCGGAAAGUUUUGAUGAAAAGUAAUUAUUUUGAAAGGGGUCUCAUUUCAUUAUGAAAGACAAUUUUUAUUCUGAAAGUUAACUUUCAAAAAAUAUUUUACCCCGUAGUUUCAGACUCUGGGAAAAAUUUUCAAAAAAACAGCUGAAAAUUUAUUAAAAAAUUUUUGAACAACUAUGAAUUUUGGAAAAAAAAUCUGAAAACUGAAAAUUUUCCGGAAAAAAUUGAAAAUUCAUACUAUCAUAGUUUUUUCUCAUUUCUAUGCGUUUGUGAUUUUUUACUAAUUUUUUUCGGGUGACAAAUUUUAAUGAAUAUUCAGCUGGUUCUGUGAUUGAUCCCAUUCCUAAUCCUAGUCUAAAUCUGAACUCAUUUUCUUAUCUAUAAACGUUUUCACAGAUUCUUCUCCUCAUCAUUUUCUAUAUUUUCUGUUCGUUCCCUUAUAUCAAUCAUAUGUUUCCCUUCUCGUUUUUUAUUAUUUUUGUUAUUUUUUUCUUUUUUCUUUCGCCAUGUGCCCAAAUGUUUGAUUUAUGUCUGUUUUUUCUUGCAAUUUUUUUUCUGUGGUUAUGAAAUUGCUACAACUUGAAAAAAGUUUUUUUUUUGGCAAAACCCAAAAACGUAUUAGCAGAAAAGAGGACACUAAAUAUGCAUAAGAUAGAGAUACAACAUAUGUAUAUUCAUGUGAUAUUUUUCGAGCUUCUUCUUCUACUCCGCCUUCUUCUUCUUAUUUUCUAGUUGAUUCUUUCUUUUUUUGUUGGAAGAAUCGCACUUUUUGCUUGUUGCGAGUUACUUGAACAUUUAUGAGAAAAUUCAGAUUAAACUUUUUCUCCACAUUUUUAGUUUUGCAAGUUGUUCUUCUUAAUCUAUAUAUUUUUCAAUAUAUCUAGAUCCUUUUUCUUCUUAUCUUCUCUUAUCAAAUCGAAUUUCCGGAUUUUUUUUUUCGAAAAAAAUUUGGCUGAAAACUUUGUUAUUCACUACACCCUUCCUCUGCGGCUUUUUGCUAGAAGAAUUGUUUCCAAUUCACAAAAAAAUUUCGACGGAAAUCCUCGACGAACUUUUGGCGGAAAUUCGAUUUUUCUCUGCUGCUCUUUUCAAAUUUGAAAUUCUCUUUGUAGAUACAAACCACCCAGAAAAAGAAUAUUCUCAUCAUCAUUUUCUUUUACUUCAUUAAUUAUUUUUUCUCCACCCAAUUUCUCGUGUGUAACACAACAAAAAAGGCUCAACUAAAAGGAUGCGAGAAAAUUGGAUUUUCGUUUUCGAUUUCCAACAAAAAUGUUCCAUCAUCAUCGUAUGUUUUUGUUUUCAGGUAACUCACAAAUGUCUACGCCAAACGGCGGACAACAAGCACCAGCAAAAAAUCCAAAAUUAUACAAAACUGAAUUGUGUAGAAGUUGGAUGGAUCAUGGAAGAUGCAAUUAUGGUGAAAGGUUGGUUUUUACUUUAUUUUUUUUAAUUCAAUAAAAUUCGAAUAAUUGCAAAAGUUUUAGAUGUCAAUAUGCACAUGGUGAAGAUGAAAAACGACCAGUUCCGAGACAUCCAAAAUAUAAAACUGAAGCUUGUCAAUCAUUUCAUCAAUCUGGUUAUUGCCCAUACGGUCCACGAUGUCAUUUUAUUCACAAGUGAGUUCACUUUCUCUUCUUUCAUCUAUAAUAUGUUUCUAAUAUUUUGUCCAAGUGUUUUCAGUGAUAAUUCAUCAACACCUCAACCAACAACACCAGUAACUGUAAAUGGACAGCCAUCGCCGUAUGUUUCACAAUAUCAUAAUAUGAAUAUGAAACAACAACAACAUACACCAUCACAAGUUCCAUCAAAUGUGUUACAACGUGUUUAUUCGCUACCAAAUGGUGGAUAUGGAAGUGCGGGUGAAUCGCCAGCUGGAAGUUCGAAUGAUUCGGGAAGCGAAUCACCAAAUGGUAGUUUUUCGCCUGGUUUGGAUGUGGAUGAUUUUAGUAUUUAUUCGACAUCGUCGCCGAUCAAAAAACAACAACCAAACAGAUUUUUGUCAUAUGAUCAGCAGACCAAUUUGUGAGUUUUUUUUUUAAUUCACAGGGGAGCCUUUUUAUGAUUCAUCUCUUAAAAUUUGACUAAAUAUGUGUCGGAAAAUUACGAUUUUCAUUUCAUAUUUUUCGAGACUCGUGAAGUACAUUUUCCCGUACAAUCAUGAAAAAUAUCAAGAUUACUACGUUUAAAAAACGCUAGAUUUUCAGAACAACAUUUCCCAAGAAAAUACUAUGUUUUUUUCAGUUCUGACAACCAAUUCAGUGACAUGCUGAACGAUUUAGUUGUUUGGAAUAUAACUGAUUCACUUCUUGGUUCGACAACAUCACAAAAAUGGUCAUCAGAAGACUAUUCAACAUCGACACCAUCAACAACAGCAACAUCACAUAAUAAUAAUUCAACUUCAAAUAUUUCAUCCACAUCUAGACUACCCGUUUUCGCCCAAUUGAGUAAUCCACAAUAA